AUGAGUGCAUAUUUGUUUCUCCUAGGGGAGGAAAUUAAUCUUCACAAGCGUCUUGUCGUCUCUUCCACCAAGACGCGCAGCUUCGUCACGUCGCAAUUUCGCGCCGCUAACUACAAGAAGCAGCCGACCGCCGUGAUCCUUGCUGCCGCAGAUGUCGCGGCCAUAAGCGGCUUGGCCCUCACCGAUCUGGUGAACGCCCGCGAGAAGCCCGUGGAUGUCGACGCCAUUAAGAAGGAGAUCGUGGAGAUCUUCGAUGAGAAUAAUUACAUGGGUCCUACGUUCGUACGUCUCGCGUGGCACUCGAAGUACGUCGAGAUAUACGCGAAAGACGAGAAUCUGUGGUUUAAAGACUUCACCAAGGCUUUUGUGAAGCUCACGGAGAACGGAGUCAAGUUCCCAGAGAGUUCGGGCUGGCUUAAGUUUUUCGGCGUCAAGUAA